GGCAACUGGAAGAACUGCAAUGAGCUAUUCUACUAUGGCGUCCACUUGGCCAUAAAUCUGUUACAAAUAUGAAGAUAGAUGUAAUAAAAAAGCGCGUGUACAUUAUAGUCGAUCAAGAUAUUGCAUUCGUUUGCACUUGUUCAUUCUCAAAUUAUCAAUAUGACGUAAUGGCCCUCGUGACAAAGAGAAAAUAUUAGGGUCAAUCAUAAUCAAAUGAUCUUCCCAGUCAGUUAAAAUCAAAAGUAUUAUUGGUUCGUUCUUUUUGUGUCUACAUUGUUUUUUAGAGCUUUUCAAUGAGUUCCAAAGUUCAACAUCCGUUGAGUUGACCCGGUUUCCCUUACAGUUAGCUGCAUGUCAUUCUCUCAUAGAUACCAUCAGUGCUAAUAGGAAAUAAUAUAUAAGUAUCAUGUCUGAAAGUCAAUCUGUCAGUCCUGUAAAAUAUUUUAUUAGUGGGGGAGUUGGAGGAAUUUUUACAGUAAUUACUGGACAUCCACUUGACACAAUAAAGGUGCGCCUGCAAACAGCUCCGAAACCUGCACCAGGUGAAUCUCCUCUUUAUAAGGGAACAUGGGAUUGUGCAACAAAAACCGUCACGAAGGAAGGUCUACGAGGACUCUACAAAGGUAUGGGAGCUCCUCUCACCGGAGUUGCGCCAAUUUUUGCCAUGAGCUUUUUAGGAUAUGGAGUUGGAAAGAAGCUCCAACAAAAAUCCGAUGACGAAAAAUUAACGCCAUUGCAAUUAUUUUACGCUGGUGCCUUCAGUGGAAUUUUCACAACAGCUAUAAUGGCACCUGGUGAACGAAUCAAGUGCCUUCUUCAAAUCCAGCAUGGCCAAGCUGUAGCAAAAUAUAAUGGGCCAGUUGAUUGUGUUAAACAGCUGUAUAAAGAAGGCGGAAUAAGGAGUAUUUAUAAAGGCACUGGUGCUACUCUCCUCAGAGAUGUUCCUGCCAGUGGAAUGUAUUUUUUGACAUACGAGGGAAUCCAAAGGUUGAUGGCUGAAGAUGGCCAGAAAUUGAGCCUUUGGUCAACAAUAUUUGCUGGUGGCUGCGCAGGAAUUGCCAAUUGGAUUGUUGGAAUGCCGCCUGAUGUCUUGAAGAGUCGAUUCCAAACCGCGCCAGAAGGAACUUUUAAAGGCAUUGGGGAGGUGUUUAAACAAUUGAUGCAUGAGGAAGGACCUCGUGCACUUUACAAAGGAGUCGUGCCUGUGAUGCUCCGAGCCUUCCCUGCCAAUGCUGCUUGCUUCCUCGGUUUUGAAAUUGCUCUGAAGGGUCUCAACUGGGCAGCCCCCAAUUUAUAAUGCAUGCUCACAUAUCAGUGACUAGAUGAUAGAAGGAAUUUAUUUCCAAUUUAUAUAACUUUUUUCUGAUUCUUCAAGAUCAUUAUAAAUUUUAUAUACAGAGAUUAACUCAUGUCUUCAAUGAAGCACAAUGAUUUGAAAAUAUAAGAACCAUUUUCAGCGAAUAAAUUUUUCUACCAUUCAUAAAUGAA